UAGUCCCUUCUAAACACAGAUCUGAUUCGAACCCGAAAUUUGCGUCACAAUGGCUACUCGAACUCUUCUUCUUCUUGUCAUGGCUGCUCUUCUUCUCUUCUCCAAUUCCGUUCUCUGUAUUGGAGACUCCCCUGCCAAAGAUUCGGCUGCCAAAAGCACUGAAGACGACGAUGAAGACAUCAGCUUCCUGGAGGAGGCGGAUGAGACUCAUGCUUCCAGUCAUCAUCACCUCCCUGAUUUUGAUAAGUUUGAAGGAGGAGCUGUGGAUGAAGGUUUUGGGGACUUGUCCGAGUUCGAGGACUCGGAGGGUGAUAGGGAUGAGUACAAGGCGCCGGUGGUGGAUGACAAGGACGUCGUCGUCUUGAAGGAGGGUAACUUCAGCGAUUUCGUGGAGAAGAACCGGUUUGUUAUGGUGGAGUUUUAUGCACCAUGGUGUGGACAUUGUCAGGCGUUGGCGCCGGAAUAUGCUGCUUCUGCCACUGAAUUGAAGAGCAAGAACGUGGUUUUGGCGAAGGUUGAUGCGACGGAGGAGGACGAAUUGGCGCAGAAGUAUGAUGUUCAAGGAUAUCCUACUAUUUAUUUCUUCUCUGAUGGAGUUCACAAACCUUAUCCUGGACAGAGGACCAAGGAUGCUAUAGUUUCCUGGAUCAAGAAGAAGAUCGGACCUGGUAUUUACAAUAUAACUUCAGUGGAAGACGCUGAACGCAUUCUGAACUCUGAAAGUAAAGUUGCUGUUGGUUACCUGAACUCCUUGGUGGGUUCUGAGAGCGAUGAGCUUGCUGCUGCUUCAAGACUGGAAGAUGAUGUCAACUUUUACCAAACAGUGAAUCCUGAAGUGGCAAGGCUUUUCCACAUUGAAGCUUCAGCAAAACGCCCUGCAUUUGUAUUGAUUAAGAAGGAGACUGAAAAACUGAGCCGCUUUGAUGGCGAGUUUUCCAAGUCUGCAAUUGCUGAAUUUGUAUUUGCCAAUAAGCUUCCUUUAGUUACAAAGUUUACUAGAGAAAGCGCACCAUUGAUUUUCGAAAGUUCAAUUAAGAAACAGUUAAUUCUAUUUGCAAGUUCAAAUGAUUCAGAGAGACUCAUCCCCAUAUUUGAAGAAUCAGCAAAGUCUUUUAAAGGAAAGAUUAUUUUCGUUUAUGUGGAAAUUGAUAAUGAAGAUGUUGGAAAGCCUGUAUCAGAAUACUUUGGCAUCAGUGGAAAUGGUCCACAGGUUCUUGGCUACACUGUUAAUGAGGACAGCAGAAAAUUUGUGCUUGAUAAGGAAGUUACCUUGGAAAAUAUUAAGGCUUUUGGAGAAAAUUUCUUGGAAGACAAGCUGAAACCCUUUUACAAGUCAGAUCCCAUUCCUGAGACCAAUGAUGGCGACGUGAAAAUAGUGGUUGGAGACAACUUCAAUGAAAUUGUUUUAGAUGAAUCAAAGGAUGUUCUCCUCGAGAUUUAUGCCCCUUGGUGCGGGCAUUGCCAAGCGCUGGAACCAACUUACAACAAGCUUGCCAAACAUCUACAUGGCAUCGAUUCACUUGUCAUUGCUAAGAUGGAUGGCUCAACAAACGAACAUCCCCGGGCAAAGUCAGAUGGAUUCCCAACAAUUCUGUUCUUCCCUGCUGGAAACAAGAGCUUUGAUCCUAUCACAGUCGAAACCGAUCGGACAGUCGUGGCCUUUUACAAAUUCCUGAAGAAAAACGCAUCAAUCCCUUUUAAGCUACAGAAGCCAGUUUCGAGUUCAGAAGGCAAAUCUGGUGAUGAUGCCAAAGAGAGCCCAAAGAGCAGCAGCGUCGGCACCACUGACGUGAAGGAUGAAUUGUGAAGACAAACUUAUAGUAGUUUUGUAAGUUAUGCUUCGUUUAUUCCACUUUUUGUUGCAAUGAAAUGAGAGGCUAUAGAUUGAAG